AUGAUUCCAAUUGCAAAAAACGAUAAUAAAAUUUGCUGGCAAGUCGUAAAUGUCGAAACAUUGGAUGAAAACGGAAGAAUAAGCCCCGAAUUCAUCACGGAUGAUUUAAAAUGGUAAAUUUGUCUUAAAUUCUACGUUUUCAAACAAAAUGUGUGUUUUUCUAGGCAUAUAAACAUUGAGAAGAAUACCAAGAAUAAUGUGGAGUAUUUGGGGAUAUAUCUGGUGCCAGUGGAUAUGAAAACCACGUGGAUCUACGAAGUUUGGCUGAAAUUCGCGAUUUUUGAUGAAAAUGGAGGGGAAUUGAUGAAUUGUGACAUCUCUGACAAUAACGAACCCGUUCUAUUCAUGAAAAAUUGCGGUGGAUGGGGAAAUAAGGAAUUUAUGAAAUUUGACACUAAAAUUCACACAAUUCAAGGAGAAUUCAACUACAAAUUCUACGAUUUUUCGAAAAACCCGGCAAUUUUCGCUGAUACGAGUUUGCGAGUGAAAAAUGAGCUUUUUCAUGUUAAUAAGGGCGUGAGUUGCUUAUUUUGAGAAAGGGGGAGCAAAAAUAAUGAACAACAACUUUUUUGGGCAGGCCGUUUAGGAGGGAAACUUCAAAAUUUCAAAAUAAUUUUUGAAUUUUUCCAUUUUUUUCAGAUCCUCAGCUCCUCCUCGAAUUAUUUCAACCGGAAAUUUCUGCAAAAAGACGAACCGAUAAUUGUGGUCAAAAAUGUAGAACCGCAUCACAUUUUGCAAUUAUUGGCGGCGAUUUUGCCGAACUCGAUUCAAAUUACAGGUGAGUAUUUUUGGCGCGCCAAAAAUCGAUUCAUAAAAAUCUCAAAUUUCCAGCCAAGACCUAUGACACUCUGCUGAAUCUCGCGAAAAAAUUCGAAAUCCCAGUGCUGAUCGAAAAAUGCGAAAAAUAUUUCGCCGAAAAUCAAUGCAAAAACCUGAUCGAAGUUUUAAAAAUGACGGAAACCCUUGGAGAUUUCGAUGAAAUUGUUGGUUUUUCUUUGAAUUUCCACCUCAAAAUACGUUUUUUUUCAGCCAAAAUUCGUGGAAAAAUUUGUGAAGCGUGGAAGUGAGCUGAAAAUUCUACUCAAUUCGCCGGAAUUUGCCGAAUUCGAGAAUUUGACAAAAUGUCGAAUCUACCCGGCUGCCCUCAAGUUUCUUUAA